AUGCAGAGCAGCCUGCCGGUGCCCCCGACUUCAUCACACCUCUCGACGACAUCGUCUCCUGGUCCCCAGUCGACUCCAGACUCGGGUGCCUCCCCGUACGCCUUCUCCCCAGGAACGCCUCUAUCUGACUCUAUCGUCUUCACGCCAUCUUCCGCCACCACUCCGGCCUCCAUACCAUCCCUUCCUCCACCGACAUCCGUACCAUGUGUCCCACCAGAUACCCUCUUCGCCGAGACCUACAGCCUCUUUCACCUCGACCUCCUCCGCCACUUCCAGGGCCCACUCACGGAGGUCACCGUAUCAAGCCAAUCAGAGAUGGAACGUGUUCUGCGUGUGACCUACAUGCAAGCCUUGAAAGCACCCUACCUCAUGGACGAGCUUCUAGCCUUCGCCGCUGCUCACAAGAGCACCGUGUCCGACGACCCCGAGAUGAAAGCUCUCUACCAGAAUGAGUCGACUCGCCUCCAGAGCCGCGCCAUCAGUCGACUCGGAAUCACCAACGAAGAUGUCACUGAAGACAACUUCCUCGCCCUGUUUUCCUUUUCCAUCCUCCUCGGCCAACACGUCCUCUUUGACGUCUUCUCCAACGCCUCAUCGUUGCCCGGCGUCCUGGACAAGCUAGUCCAUUGCCUAGAACUACACUUCGGCAUCAAGUUCAUCCUUGCCCAGUCCAUGGUAAAGUUCAGCAACAUGCUACGAGAUCUGUUCCCCACAGACCCCAUCCACUUCCAAGUCGACGUCACGUCUUCGUCCCACGGCACCGAGUGUGAGGACCUUCUCCGACGCCUCGAGGAAAGCGAGCUGAGCGAGUCCACCAAGAAGGUGUACCUCGAAACCACAAAGAUCCUGCAGUAUCUCUUCGACACGGUGCAUACAUCAGACACCCGUCGUUAUGUCGCCGUUCAGGAGUGGCCGGUCCGAAUAUCGCGGGACUACAUAUCCCUGUUGCAGCAACGACGCCCCGAGGCGCUCGUCACCAUGGGCUACUACGCGGUCUUGUUGCAUAGAGCAAGGGACUACUGGGCCGUCGGGGAUUCAGGGAGGUUCCUCGUCAAGACCAUCUCAAAUCACCUCGGGAGUUAUUGGUCUGACUGGCUGGAAUGGCCGAACCAAGAACUUGGCUUUGACGUGCCAUGA